AUGAGUACAUUACAUACAAAAAUCAAACUUGAUAACAAGAAAAUAAGAUCUAUAUCAGAAAUACACAUAGCAUCAUCAGUCCAAUAUCUCGAUUUAAGCAAAAAUAAAAUUACGGAUUUUUCUGGUCUUCAUAAAUACCAAAAUUUAAUAGAGUUAAAUAUGGAUGGAAACCCAGUUCUUUCGUUUAACGGCUUUCCAAAGCUAACAAGACUAAAAAAACUUUCAUUAAUCGAUACUCCUAUAUCUAAACUGAAAAACUUUAAAGAAUUAGCAUUAAUAGCCGCAGGAACACAAAUAGAAAUGAUAAAUGGCGAGUCAAUUACAGCUAAAGACCGCGCAAAUUCAGUUUCUUACGGAAAUAUUGAAACAAACUAUAAUUUAAUUUCUAAAGGUUGGCUACCAGCGAAACCUAAUCAAUUUGUUUCUCCUAAUUCAAUCGAAACAAAACAAAAUUUAUCUAUGUCAGGAAAUUCUCUUAUAUCUGAUAGUACAAGUUCCAUAUCUAGUCCAAAGUAUGAUUUUAAACGUCGUAAUGAUAACAUUUCUCAAAAAUUAAUCGAUAUACAAGAAAAAGAUCCAAUAUCAGUGCGUGCAGUUCGAAUUAUGCGUCAAAAUGGCAUAUCAAAUAAAGGUAUUGGACAGUUCUUAUGUGAUUACUUUGAUGACUACGAUGAAACCAAUGAAAUCGAUACCGAAAAAUUGGAAUUGAAAGAAAAACUCAAAGAAAAUGGGAAAAUUAUAGAUGAUUUAGCACGAAAAAGGCAUGAAUUAACAUCACGAAAUCGCACACUCUAA